ACCACGUUGGCUGGGAAACACCAGCGCAAACACAGACGUGCUCUCGUACCGUCCAGCCACAUAGCAAGCUGACAGGUAGCAGAUUUGAAUUCUACGCCCUAGAGCUCGAAGCAUAAAGUAGACAGCUGUACGUAAUAAGCGUCGCAACUGGCUCUCGGUUAAACUGUAGUACGCCGUGAAAUGACAAUCAAGCUUUAUAUCUCGGAGAAAGGAGCUGAUAAACCUGGGAACUUUAUUUAUGCGGUCUGAUUACUCAGUCGGAAGCAUUUGACAGUCGGACACUUGAAACAUCAUUAUCAGGAAGUUGCGGUUUACCUGUGAAGAUGAUUCUUUGGUGAUAUCUUCAUUAAAAUUGUGUUUUUUUGUAUUAGUGGUCGGAAUUUACAUCUACAUAUAUAUAAGAAAAAGUUGCAUUUCGUUGUGACGAUUUAAAACGAUGGAAUCGGGACGCCGGAGAGGUUUAAGUAGCUUCCUGUCGUCAGUGUCACUACUGUGUGUUGUUCUGGACCUGCAGCUGGACGGUGUGUUGGGUGCCACCCAUGUGGAAAUCGAGCAGCACCUGGAGAUGGGCCGAAAGCUUCUUGCUGCAGGGCAGCUGGCAGAGGCGCUCUCCCAUUAUCACUCAGCAGUUGAGGGCGACUCAAAGAAUUACCUGACAUACUACAAACGUGCAGCUGUGUUUCUGGCCAUGGGGAAGUCAAAAUCAGCCUUGCCAGACCUGACUCGAGCUAUUCAGCUUAAACCAGACUUCCUAGCUGCUAGGAUACAAAGGGGGAAUAUUCUCCUGAAGCAGGGAAACCCUCAAGAUGCCAGAGAUGAUUUCCAGGCAGUGUUGCACCGCUCUCCAGACACGGCGGAAGCCCAUAAUCAGCUCCGCAGAGUCGAGGAGCUGGAGCAGCUCCAGGAGGAGGCACAUAAAGCCCAUCAUCGUGGUGAUUACACCACCACCAUCCAGGUGCUGGAGCGGGUCAUAGAGAUCUCUCCAUGGGAUCCAGAAUCGCGGGAACUAAGAGCAGAAUGCUACAUCCGCAUUGGGGAGCCGAAGAAAGCUAUAUUAGACCUGACUCCUGCAGCACGGCUCAGAACGGAUAACCGAGCGGCUUUUCUCAAACUCAGCCGUCUACUAUAUGACCUGGGACAACACCAUGAGUCACUCAGUGAGAUCCGGGAGUGUCUGAAACUGGAUCAAGAUGACAAGGAAUGCUUUGCCCAUUACAAGCAAGUGAAGAAGCUUAGCAAACAGCUGGACUCUGCUGAGGAACUGAUCUCAGAACAGAGGUAUCAAGAAGCAAUAGAAAAAUAUGAGUCUGUAAUGAGGACCGAACCAAAUGUCCACUUCUACACUAACAAAGCAAAGGAGAGGAUCUGCUUCUGUCUAGUGAAGAAUAAGAAGGCAGAGGAGGCAGUAGACACAUGUUCAGAGGCCCAUCAGAGAGACCCUCAAAAUAUCCACAUCCUCCGAGACAGAGCUGAAGCCUACAUUCUGCUACAGGAGUAUGAGAAAGCUGUGGAGGAUUAUCAGGAAGCACGGGAGUUUGACCAGGGGAAUCAGGAGAUUCGUGAAGGUCUUGAACGUGCACAGAAACUCCUGAAGAUGUCACGGAAAAGGGACUACUACAAAAUCCUAGGAGUGAGCCGGACUGCUAGCAAACAGGAAAUCAUUAAAGCGUACAGGAAAUUGGCACAGCAAUGGCAUCCGGACAACUUCCAGUCUGAAGAGGAAAAGAAGAAGGCUGAGAAGAAAUUCAUCGACAUUGCUUCAGCUAAGGAAGUUCUUACAGAUCCUGAGAUGCGCCAAAAAUUCGACUCAGGAGACGAUCCCUUGGACCCUGAGAACCAGCAGGGAGGAGGUGGAGGAGGAGGAGGAGGCUGGCCAUUUGGCUUCAACCCCUUUGAGUCGGGUGGAAACUUCCACUUCAAGUUCCACUACAAUUAAUAUGGCUAUGCCAUUGAAUACAGUGGACAUGAUUAUUAUGGACAAUGGACUGGACUUAUUUAAAAAUCCCACAAAUGGAAGAGAAGAAGAAAAUCCACAUAUUCUUCAGAUGGCUCUUCUGUUGGCUCUUAUCACCCGGGGCAGUUGUGUGCCAAUUCAGACCUGAAUAUACUGACUUUUGGAUCUCUUAAGGAAUCAGUUGUUCUUACAUGAAUCAAAAAUUGUUUGCUCGACUCCAUGCAGUCAAUGGCUGUGAUAAAUGAAGUCUUAUUUAGUAUUUUUCAAUGCUAUACUCUUUCAGCUUUAUCAGCUGAUCAUUUCUGUGGCAUCUGCUUUUCCAUCCAUGUCCCAUCUCUCUGUGUCACCCACAGGUUUGCUGUCCUUCCAUUCUUCUCUAAUUGAAUAGUUCACAUUGGUGGGGUUCUGAUUACAGUAUGUAAGAAGUGUGUAUCUGUGACACCGAAUGGUUUCAAGGUUCAGUCUCAACACUCUAGACUUGAUUACAUUAAAUCAGUAUUGCAGUGUUUUGUGCAGUUAAUUAAUUGGUAUAGUUUACAGGGAAGAAAAUGGUUAGCCAGAACAAUGAGUGUCUCUUUCUGUUAAGUUUUUCAUGAUUCUUUUUGAAAGUUUGAUCACCACUUUUUAUUUAUUUAUAUUAUUUAGCUCAUUUCUGUUCAACAUAUCAGAUGUCACUCAUGUCAGACCACCCAGGUUACUGAACGAAAGGGAGAACCUACAAGUCUAGUUCUUACAGUUAAUCCAAGAGAUGGUCACGGCUUUACAGAAGUAUCAAUAUGCCCCAUGACCUGCCUAUACACAAAACACUCUCAGCAGCAUUGGUAAACCUGGCCCACUCUGUCAACCUAUAACUUUACAAAGUAAUCUAUAUCUGACACAAACUGUGACAGAUAGUCAGACCUAGUUUUGUUUCGCAGGUAUCUUCAAUGAUUAAUAUCUCUGUGACUAUUCUUUUCCAAUCAAUACUUGCAGGUACUUGAAUGGUUUAGUAAAUUUUUUCCAAGUGGUA